UCCCUGAGCGCGCUAGGAGCUGAGUCCCUCGCUUGGCGCCUUCCGCAGUGCCGUGGCGGGUGCCUGAGAAGUAAACUCCCAGACAUCAACGGUAUGAUGAAAAGCCUUCGAAUGUGCGAUUGUAUGACCUCGAAACAUUUUCCCUGACAACGCGGGUUUGUCAGUUCCAGAACUCCAAGUCUCUUCCCCUAGAACGUGUGCUGGGUGGAGCCUAAGAGGGGGUCCUCCUCUACAACCUAGGCCAGAGACCACAGCUGAGCUAGAAGGAAGAGACUCCACGCCUGUGCUCUUGAUGGAAUUUAAAAUUGAAAACACUUGGGAUGGUUUUCCAGUGAAGCAUGAGCCAGUGUGUAUCAAGCUGAGCCCAGGGGACAAGGGCGUGAAGAUGGAGGUUAGUGCUCCAUUUUUCAAUGAUCCUCCAGCUCCUCUUGGAGAACCAGGAAAGCCUUUCAGUGAACUGUGGAAUUAUGAAGUUGUGGAAGCAUUUUUCUUGAAUGAUACAACUGAGCAGUAUUUAGAAGUUGAACUUUGUCCACAUGGACAACAUUUAGUUCUUUUACUCUCUGGAAGAAGAAAUAUUUGGAAAAAAGAGCUCGAGUUAUCAUUCAAAGUGUUCAGAGGGGAGACCAACUGGGAAGGCACAGCUCUUCUUCCUUGGAGUUAUUUUCCACCAAAUGUGACAAGAUUCAACUCAUUUGCAAUUCAUGGAUCAAAUGAAAGAAGAAGUUAUGAAGCCCUUUACCCCGUGCCACAGCAUGAACUGCAGCAAGGACAACAGCCUGAUUUCCAUCGUCUAGAAUAUUUCAAGCCUUUCAGUCUUAACACGCUGCUUGGAGAAGAAUGGAAGCAGCCAGAAUCAGACAUGUGGCUAAAAGAGAGACCUGAUGUGUAGAAGUGUAGUAGUAACCGAGCACGUCCAUCAUUUCUCCUCUGUGCUUUUAAGGUAUUCUAAUAAAAUACGUAAACACAUUUCAACAACAAACAUUUUACCAGAGCUCACUGAAAUGUAGCAUCUCUGUGUCAAAUUGCAUAUGUUAACAUAGAAACAGAAACUGUGUAACAUAAAAUAAUUUUUACUUAAAUAUCCUGUUUAUCCAUGAAAUUAGUAGAAAACAGUAAUCUCUUUCAGUUGAUGAGACAGUCUACAUCUGCUAAGACACCGAGAUAGAAGAAUUCUUUAACUAGAUACCUUUACUGUGUAGGAAGGAAUGAAACAGUCUUGAAUUCUGGAAAUAGAGUUGAUACUUUUACUUACAGAUAAGGACAUUUUCUUAAUGCUUCUAAGUACGAUGUUAGAAAACUUCAUUUGAUUUUUGAAGUGCCACACCUUCCUAGUUGAAGAUAGAUCCCAAAGUACUAAAUCAGUACCCCCUCACCUAAAUGGAUCAUGCAGACAAAAAUGUCAACAAAAGGAGCCACAGAGUGAAACCACACCACUGAUCACAUAGAUACAACUGCAGUGUUCCACCAACAGCUGCAGAAUGAGCUUGAUGUUUUCCAGAAUAAGACCACAAACACAUUUGUUGCAUUCCAGAUGGCUGUAGCUGCUUGGGUUUUUCUAUAACAGAAUUUUAGGUCUUAUAAACAAUUCAGCCAAGUGAUAUACAACACAAUCAGCAUACAUGCAAAAAUAAUAGCUUUUGCAUACAUCAAUAACCAACCUGCUGAGAAAGAAAUCAGGAAAGCAAUUCCAUUCACGGCAAAAAGAAUAUCUAGGAACAAGCCUUGUUCAUGACUUUUCUCACUGUAGUUAUGAGAUAAUUGAGAAAAGCAACUCAGUGAAGGGAGGUUUUAUAUUGACUCAGUGUGAGGAUACAGUCCAUCAUGAUGAGGAAAGCAUGACAACAGGCCAUGAGGUGGCUGGUCACCUUGUGUCUACUGUCAGAUCAGAGAGGAAUGUUGGUGCUCCGCUUACUUUCUUAUUUUCAUUCCACCCUUGGACCUUCUGGGUGUAUUUUCCAUUAUCAAGCUUCUGUGAAGGAGUACGGCUCCUUGGUGAUUCUAAGUCCAGUCAAACACAUAGUGAAGAGUAGUCAUCAUAUCUUGCUGAGGUGGCAAAAGGCUUCUAUGAUGAAAGUUGCAGAACACUGGAGAAAAAAGUUGAAGAAGACGUUAGAAGAUUAAAAGACAUUCCAUGUUCUUGUAUCCACAGAUUUAGUAUCGGGGAAAUGGCCGUAUGAAAAUGAAAUACCUAGAAGUUCAUUUGAUCACCUUCUAAAUUUAAAUUCUAUUCUUCAGACAGUUAGAACAAUAUAUAAAGUGUGUAUGAAAACACAAAGACCUAUAAUAGGUAAAGAUGUCCCAAGUAUGAAGAACAUUAUUGGAAGUCUCCCAAUAUCUGAUUUAAAAUUAUACUAUAGAGCUGUUGUUAUUGCAGCUCUAUGGACCAGCACAAAAGCAAGCAGUAGACCAAUGGACUAGAACAGAGGAUCUUAAAAUUAUCCUACACAGCCAUAGUUUUAUCAACAAGUGUUGCUGGGAAAAUAGGAUAUUUGCAUAUGUUAGACUCAAGCUAGAUCCCCAUAUCCCACCCUGUACAUAAAUCAGCCCCAAGACCUUAAUGUAACAUCUGGAACAUUAAAACUGAUAGAAGAAAAGAUAAAGAAAAUGCCUCAAGAUGUAAAUAUAGGCAGUAACUUCAGGAAUAUGCUCCAUUGUCUCUGGAAUAAAAGAAUCGACAAAUUAUAUUUCAUCAAAUUAAAAUAAACUGUACAGGAAAGGAGACAGUUAGUGAAGUGAAGAGACAGCCUACAGCAGGGGAGAAAAUCUUUGCUAGCUACUCUUCCCUCAGAAGCUUAACAUCCAGCGUAUACAAAGAGCUCAGAAAAAAAUACCAAAGCUAAGUAGUAAAGCUCAAUAAGUGAGCAGGCCAUCUACACAGUUCUCAAAAGAGUUUGUAGAGCCAUCUAAUAAUUAUAAAAACUCAGUGUUUUUAGGUAUUAGUUAUGCAAGUUAAAACUGUAUUGAGAUUUCAUCCUAGGAAAAUGGAUCUUUAAUAAGAUGACAAGUGCUGGUGAAGGGAAGGAGGAGAAGGAGCCUUUAUUCACUACUCAUGGGUAUUAGCACUGUCUACUGUGAAAAUCAGUAUGGCGAUUCCUCAUCAACACUGAAAAUAGAACUCCCAUAUGAUCCAGCUCUGCUAGUUCUGAGUAUAUCCCCAAGGGAAUCAGAAUAACACAAUGCAAAGGCACCUGUGUAGCUGUGUUCACAAUGUCCAAGUUAUGGCAUCCAUCUAGGUAUCUGUCUAACUCAUGAUUAGAUAAAGAAAACACACUCCAGACAGAGAGAGACAGAAAUGACAUACCAUUCAGCCAUAAGAAGAACAAAAUUAUGUCAUUUUCAGGAAAAUGGAAAUAAAUUAAGUCAGACUGAAAGAUAAGUAACUCCUGUUUUUUCUUUUUAUGAAAGUCAAAGAAAACAUUUGAAUAUAGGACAAGAGGUUAUUAGAAAAGUAGAACAGGAUUUGAGGAGAAGGGAGAGAUGGGGGAAAAGACGUGGGGAAUAAAAAUGUUUACAGUUGUAUACAUGUAUGAAUCUGCCAAAGUAAAAAUCUGCAAUUCUGUAUAGUAUAUGCAAAUUAAAAUUUCUUGGUAUAGAACUCUCAAAUUUUGUUCUGUGUUUCAGAGCUUGCUUUGUAAUAGAUGUGUGAACUUCUGUAUCAUACUUAGUCCUUCUCAGCAUCAUUAGCUCAGAGACCAGACUCACAGAAGGUAAAGACACUUGCCAUCUCUCCUCCCAUUUAAAAAGAAAAGAUUUAUUUGUGUGCAUGCGUGUUUGUUAUUGUUUACAUUCAUGCAGAAGA